AUGGACGAGGUGAGGGAAGGGAACGACGAACACCCGGUGUCAGAGGGAUCCACGUUCCUCCAGGAAGAAGGCAGAUACCUCCACCGCUACAUCCUCCCGACCACCUGGCAAGAGUUCGGGACCAGCUCUGGAGCAACCACCGUCGUCGUCCUCGCACACUCGUUGGGCUCCCCAAGCGCUAUCGUGGCCACCGCUCUCCAUGCCAAGGAGCCUCGCCGAUUGCGUGGCCAGGCUUCCCUCGCCUUUUUGGAGCUGGUGGGUGACGCUCACAAGAAAUCCCAGACAGGCUGCUAUACGUGCAAGAUCCGUCAUGUCAAAUGUGGAGAGGAGAAGGCGAACUGCGUGUGGUUCUCGAAAACAUCCAGACCCACAGGUCUACGGGCCUCACGGACUUCACCAGUCCCCCUCAUCGCACCGCUCGGCUCGACGGGUCAAUACGAGUACUCGUUCAUCUACCGCGACAGUCCCUCGUCGCUGCCCGCAUCCACGCGCGCUCCUCUAAGGUAA